GGGACUUUUUUCAAGAGCUGGAACAAAGAGGACGAGACCACUGACGGAGUCACUUACUGUACUGUAUGAGUGAGAAAUAUGAAAACCACGCUUCAAGAAUCGUGAGGACAGUCCACUAAUUGUAUUUGUAAUUUCAGUAUAGCUAUGGUUUUUAGGUAUCUGGAUUGAUUAUGAGUGCGAAGACUCAUGGAGCUACGUCCACGAUCGUAGGUAGUGUUGCUGCCCGAGUGCGCUUUUCCCCCGCUGGCAUUUACCUGCCAAAGGCACCCUUUCGGCGGCCGGAAAGAACUCUAGAAAGCUGUGAUCAUGGAACCUCCUUUGCAGGCUCAACACGAAACGACGACACUGCGAAAAGAAGAAUUGUGCAGGAGGAGGAUGAAGGAGCGGAGCCUUUCUUCACUUCCAGCUCUUCUAGCUCUUCGAGUAGAAGCACCUCGAAGCUCUCAAUUUUGGAUCUCCUAGGAGAGCUAUCGCCAAGUUUAGAGCGUGGGGUCCGUUACGACCGCAUUCGACUAGGGCCGCCGAUACUAGUGAGAAGAACGGACGAAACGGGACCUGAUUGUACAACGAGGACGUCUUCAAGAGCAAGUUCCGGAUUCGGAGGUUACGAUGCGGCGUCAAAUACGCGAGGAUCAUAUUCAGGGUCCUCGUCUGACGCGCCACCGGCGAUCAGGAUCGCAGGGAAACCAAGAUGGCGCAGGCAACUGGAAAAGUUGCACAAUUAUCCGACGGAAGUGUCCUCCAGUAGUGGCAACGCGGAAGUACCUGGAUCUGAGUCUGACACGAGAUUUUCAAGCACUUCGUCUGCCUCAUCGAGUUCUACUAGUAGUAGUUCUUGGAGUACCGGAGCUGCUAAUGUAGCACCUCCGAGAAUUUCUCAAUUAGCAGAGGACCGAGUUGCUGUAACGUCGCUCCGCAGUGUCCAGUUGCUUCCAUCAAUUCGCGAACGCAUUUCUCGCUUGUUGCAGGAUUUUGGCAACAAGCGCGAUUUGCAGCGUCAUGGUCGGUAUAUUCAAGACAUUAUGCGGUCACGUUCCUCGGCGGAAAUUCCGGCAAGGCUAGCUUCCCGCUUCUUGCCGGAAUUUGACGACGGUGAAUCACCCAUGGACAGGAUUGUCAAGGACCCUGCCUAUCAGGCGGCCAUUCGCGGUCAGGAAUACAAAGACCUAUCGUCACCGUCAUUGGCAGAGGAGGACGAAAACAAAAUCGACAAUCUCGACGAAGAUCAUGUUGAAGCUUCUACGCGUUCGGAUUCUGAUGAUCACUCUCACUCAGCGACGAAGAGGAGUAAGCCAAAUAAGUAUGAGGAUAUUUUUGCUGACGAAGACGAAAACAAUGAUGAAGAAACAUCAACAUCUGACGACGAGAUGGAUGGCAAUAAGAGUAGUGGAGUGCGGCCGCCGAAGACAAUGGCCUACUUGACGCGUCUAGCUCGCGCACACGCCGAUGACUCGCACCACAAACUGUAUCAAAUGUUCUGGUCGCCAGAGGCUGCAUUAGCCUACCUGGGGGAGCGUUACCAGGGCGCCUACGCAUCAAACAUGCGGAUCCUUCAUGAAGUUAGAUUGCGGUGUUUGGGAUUUAAUCCCAAACGAGUCCUCGACUACGGUUCCGGGCCUGCGCCAAGUGUCGCAGCUGCGUUGCGCAUUUUCGAUACGGUGGAGGAGGUGGUACUGGUCGAACCAUCAGCGCAUAUGGUGCAGCUCGGCCAACAUAUUCUCAAGGACUACACAAGCGGCCCUCAGUUCCAACACUACUUCGACGCUAGAAAGUUGCAGGAUGAGGAGGAGCAAGAUUUCCUUGAGACUGGAGUGGAUGAGCAAGAACUCUCUCCAGAGGAGGAGGAGGCAGAAGUAGCUAGAACACUAGACGAUGAGGACGGCUUUCGAGUGGCCUCUGGGGCAGGACUCGCAGGAGACCACGAGGGAAGUAUUGGGACAAGAGGAGAUGAGUCGAGUGAUGCCGAUCCUUUAGCUCAGCCAAGCAGAAGUUCUUACAGCAACCCUUAUAGUGGUACGAGCAAAAGGCGACCGCUGCGCGUACCUCCGAAAUUGCAGUGGCAGUCGUGUUUGUAUGAUGAACGGACGACUGGAGUUGCACCAGAGCGUCGCUUCGACCUGAUCACACUGUCGUAUGUGCAGAUGGACAUCAAGGGCCAGCCUUCGCGCGAUAUGCUGAUUCGCAAUUUGUGGAAUCGGCUCGCUCCUGGUGGUGUGUUGAUGCUGGUAGAACGAGGCACGCCUACUGGAUUUCGGUUCAUGCACCACACAAGGGAGAUGUUCAUUGAAGAGAUGGGUACGCAGCAUUUUCAUUUUGUGGCUCCUUGUCCCCAUGAGAGCAUGUGUCCUUUAGCGGUGACCGGCCGAGAUUGGUGCCAUUUCUCCCAACGAGUCGGCCGUUUAUCCCCGAAAGUCUAUUGCAAAGGCAGUCGCGCGAAAAAUAUGGAAAACGAAAAAUUUUCCUUCCUUGCGAUCCGUCGUGGACCGGGACCCCGUGUGCGCUACGCAAGUGAAAAGCAGUGUCCGACAGCGGAGGAGAAGAGCUACUUUUGGCCGCGUGUCGUUUUCCCAUCCAUCAAGCGUGGCGGUCACGUGUUGAUGGAUGUGUGUAGUCGAUGCACGAAAGGCUGCACUUCAAUUUCAUCGUCGAGCAGCGGAACUGGAACUGAUGAUCAUUCAAAGAGUGCAGGUUGUGGUAGUGUUUCUGGACGAUCUGGUAGUACUGCUAAAGAUACAUCAGCAACUACUUCCUCCACCAGUGCUUUCGGUUCUACAACUUCCUCUUCUUCCAGUGGAAAUAAGGAAGUCGUGGAGUCGUCGCGCUUCGAGCGUAUUUCUACGUCAAAAGCGAAGGCGCAUCUUUUUGGUUUUCGUUUUUCUAGACAGUGUAUGUGGGGCGAUCUGUGGCGAUACCCGAAGCGUGUCAACCGUGCAGAGGCUAGGGCGUACAUUACAGACGACACGCGACAGCAUCUUGAUAGACUGGCAAAGAAGGCGAUUCAAGCGAUGGGCUUGGAUGCAGACGACGAUUGCUUAGCCGCAGAAGCACGGAAAAAAAAAUCUAGUGAUGAAACCAAUGAUGAUGAGGCAAGGGCAUACGCAAAAGCUACGCAAACUCAUAAAAAUCAUACCAAAAGGAAUGACACUAGUCCUGCUAGUAAUUCCAAUGCAAAUCAUUCUAGUUCCGCUAAAAAGGUUUCAACAGUAGCUGGCCAACCCAGCUUUUGGCGCGAAAAACGCAAUAGUGAAUACCAUUAUGGGAAAUGAUCUUUUCCAAAAGGGAAAGAAAUUUAUGCACUCGUGGUCGUAAAAGAAAUGAACAACCGCCUACUAUUCGGAAAUCUAAUGAUCA